AUGCCGCUUUAAGGCCCUCUCAUGGUCAUCGUUGAGUACUGCAAACAUGGAAACCUCUCCAGCUACCUGAAGAGCAAACGUGGGGAAUACAGUCCGUACAAGAGAAAGAAUACGGACAGCAAAAGGUGGACAUCCGUGGAAGACCAUGUGACCGAAUGUGAUCUCGGCCUCGGGAAGAUCGCCGAGCUGGAGAUCUGCACGGGUACGGCCGACAGAGCGUCAGGCAGCCACCUGGAUCCUCAGGAUGAGAGUACAGACGAUGACCACUUGACCAUGGAGGACCUGAUCUGCUACAGUUUCCAGGUGGCCAAAGGCAUGGAGUUCCUGUCCUCUCGCAAGUGCAUCCACAGAGAUCUGGCGGCCAGGAACAUCCUGCUCUCUGAAAACAACGUGGUAAAGAUCUGCGACUUUGGUCUGGCCAGGGACGUCUACAAGGACCCCGACUACGUCCGCAAGGGAGACGUGAGUUCCCUCGUUGGUCACCCACAGCACAUCAAAAACAUCUACCGGGUGUGUUAGAAAAGUUCCAAACCC